AUGAAGGACCUAAACUUCAGGGCAGAGCUGGGCGCUUCUGCUGGCAGCACAGGAGAAUUUGGACUCCUCACUUUGCUCUCCCAUAGAAUCAUCAAAAAUGUGGUCAAGACCUUCAAGUAUUUCUUUGGCCUGAGGUUUGAGGUGAAGGGACUGGAGAACUUCAAUAUGGAGGGCCCUGCUAUCAUUGUGUCCAACCACCAGAGCAUGCUCGACAUGAUGGGGCUGAUGGAGAUCCUGCCCGAUGACUGUGUCCAGGUGGCCAAGAAGGAGCUGAUGUACGCUGGCACUGUGGGGCUCCUCAUCUACCUCGGCGGUGUCAUCUUCAUCAACAGGAAGAGCACCAGCAGCGCCAAGAUGGUGAUGGCGGAGGUGGCCAAGACUAUGGCAGCUGACAACGUGAAGGUGUGGGUGUAUCCAGAGGGCACGAGGAACUGCACUGGGGAUUUCCUGCCAUUCAAGAAAGGAGCGUUUCACCUUGCUAUCCAGGCACAGGUCCCAGUGAUCCCUGUGGUGUAUUCCUCCUUCACCAGCUUCUAUAACCCAAAGAAGAAUCUAUUCACAUCAGGCAAAGUCAAGGUUGAGAUUCUGCCUCCAAUAGAGACCAAAGGCCUGACAUCAGAUGAUGUCUCUGAGCUCACCAACAGAUGCUUUCACACCAUGAGGGAGACCCUCUUCAGGUUGUCAGGCCGUCCAGGAGGGGCAAAGGGCUCGUCCUAGAUGCUUCUGCAGUGGCGUCACUGUCUGGCGGUGGCUGAAGGGACCUGUCUGUUGCCAAAUGCCGAAGGAACUUCUCUUCCUCUGCAGUGACUUCUAACUCUGGGAACACCAUGGACUGGCACACGCGGGGUGUCGAGCCAGCGCUGAGGUUCCUCAUUGAGUGGAUUUAUCUUAUGGGUUCGUUAUCUCGCAAUGAAACAUCUGCUCCUUUUUCU